GCGGCCCAGCAAAGCAAGCGAGCCCCCCUCCCCCAUCCCCCUCUCUCUCCUGCGCGUGGUGCGCGCAGUGUGUACGCUGUCCCUGCUGCGGCUACAGCCGCUGUCUGGAGGAGCUCGAGCAGCCGAGCGCCCAGUAGUAGCACUAGACCACUGCCUGCUGCUGCUAACCACUACCACCUACAGGCCUACUCAUUCAAGAAUCUCCUAGCUUUCCCCAAACUCCCAUACGGCCUCCUGAUCCGCCGGCCUCUGCUCUGAAUCCGGAGAUCGCUGCCAAUCCAUUUAUUUGCUUUCCUGCAUCCGGCGCUCUUCACCUCCGCUAGGCUUGGAGAAAUGGGAUGCGGUGCAAGAUAUGCUUCUUGAGACAGAUGCUUCUUUGAUGCAAGAUUUCUAGAUCAAGGUUUUAGCAGUCAAAUAUCUUGCUUCCAAGAAGUAACCAGACGAGCAGAAGCAGCUGCAUCAAGCAGUUGAGCUUCGAUUUCUCCCCCCAGUAAUUUCCAAAUACAGCUACAGAAAGGACACUGCUGGAUUGGAUCAAUGGGUAGGGGAAGAGGCAGAGGAAGGAAGCCCAUCGCCAAUGGCAGGAGCCAUGAAGAUAAGGUGAGCAGCGGUGAAGAGGUUGUGCCUGCAAGGAAGAGGAGAGGAAGGCCCCAAAAGCAGCGCGCCCCCGACAAAGUCGAUCUAGCAGAACCCAAGAACUCGGCAGCGGGUGUUCAUGGCGAUGUAGAAGGAGACGACGCAAAGCUCAAGGAGAACGACGACCCUGAAGGCAAUGGCAACAAGAGGAACAGGGCGCCCAAGGAGGAGAGCUCGAACCUCGACAUGGAAGAGAACAGCUCGAGCACCCGGUCCAGCAACGACGAGUCAACGACGACGACCAGGUCCAGCGGCUUCCGGCAGAACGGGAGCCGCCGGAAGAGCACGCCCCGGCGAGCCGCGGAGGCGGGCCUGUAGCUGCCGGAGGAAUUAAUGGAGCGGCGGCAACACGCGCUCUUGGAUGGAUAUCUGUUAGGCAGCUGCUGCUCUUCAGUUUUGUCAACUUUAUAAAUUUAGUAGCAAUCUUCGUCUUCGUGUUUACAUGGCUCUAGCUACAUGGAUGGAUGUAAACAUAUACUCAUUGCAAACUAUUGAAGUUUUGCUUAUGGUGAUGAGAAGAGUGUGGCGCGCUUGAAGUUCACGAUUAGCUGUUCUAGGCUACUGUUUUACUA